AUGCCUGAAAUCACAGUUUCAACUUCCCAAAUCGAUCUUAUUAAGCUCGCUAAUUCUUUAACUAUUUGCGAGGCUCAAAAUUUAUUUAAAAUCCUCCAAUCACGUUUGAAUAGGGGGGGUGAUGCAUCAUCAUUUUAUACAUCAUCUUUAUUUUCACAUUCUCCAAGUAGUCUCACUAUUACUCCUCCACCGUCGCCACCUCUUAGAAAGGAAUUUAUUUCAGUGCAAGAGUUCUUUUCAAGGGGAUUUCAAUUGCAUAUUAAUAUAGAUCCCGAAACCUUUUUCAGCUUGGUAAAUGAUUUUAAAAUCAACGGUGAUUUUCUUAAGCACAGGAAUAAAAAAACCCCAUGUCCAUUAUGUCAUAGGUCUAGUUUUCACACAUGCUGUUCAAGAUGUAAACGUUUGCAUCUUGAUUAUAGAUGUCAAUAUGCAUGUGGUCUCAUAUAUCCAGUUCAAUUUUCAUCCGAUGGAAAAGCAACACAAUGGAAAAAAUGUAGCUUCGUAACUGAUAAUUAUGAUGUUCAAGCUAUAAUUGAACAUUUGAAUACCUGUGAGGGAAAAAUUUCAAAGGAUUUUAAGCUUAUAAUAUUAAAAAUAUAUUACCAUAAAGAAAUAAAAGGGGCCCUCAUUACUAAGGCCGAGGAAAUUAAUAUCAAUGAACGACAUUGUGAACUAUGUAAGGAAAUCCAUUACAUGCGGCAAGCAUGUUAUGGUGAAGAUCUAGGAUGCUGGUCAUCCAACAGUACUAUUGUUGCGCAUUCCACGAUAUGGAAUGAAAAUAGUUUAUGUAAUUCUAAAAUUUCAGGUAAGAAAGUAACAUGGGAUGAUUCCGAUGGUUG